AUUUAGUCUGAAAACAUCAUUACAGAUCAGCACCAAACGGUGACAACGCACUGCGCCUAAGCUGAAAGUCCGAUAGUCGGACAACUUUUGAAUGUUCAGGAAGAGCAUAGUCGCACUCGCACAGCAGCACACUACCACCGCAAAGCUCAUACAUGUUGCGUCAACCUGUUCAAACUCGUUCCAGCGCUGACCAUUAGAAAAAAAAAAAAAUAGUACGGUAAUUGACCAUAGAUGUUGCGUUUAAGAUUUAAUUACUGAUACUUCAUGAUGGAAAUAAGUCUGAGUGCGGCAAAACAAGGCGUAGAACACCGCAAGCGCCAAAAUUUUGCCGACAAAAUAAUACACUUACGCAUGCAGAAAUACAAAUGCCAUGACUUCCCUAUCAGUGGCUUGUAGUGUGCUAUGAGAACAUCAAAGAAUAGUUCUUUUUCAUUUUGCCUAAAAGGCACCCAGCUGACAUAAUUUUUCAUCAACAUUAUGCACUGCAUGUGAAGUGUCUUGACCAGUGCCAAGGUAUUUGAUCAUCAGCCUUAGCGUUAUCACCGUUCUUGCAAAACAAUCUGCACAACAGCAUACUCUACAAUGUAAGGCUAAAUUCAUAGAACCUGCUUUUGUUUUAUGGUAGAGCUGUAUCUUCAAUAUGGUGUAUUAUUAAGGAAUCAUCCUCAAGAUGUGCCCCAAGCACAAAAGACUCUUGUGGCCAGCACAGGACAGGAACUUUCAUGGUUGUUUGGUGCCACAGGCGUUCUGUUCUUCUGGGAUGGACGAAAGCCAAGGAUCAGCAGACAAAUGUGUGACCUUCACAUCAGGCCACUGCUUGCUCAGCAAGUACGCAAUGUCGGAAGCUCCAGCAACAAUGGAAAAGAACCACCUGUGAUGUCUGAAGUUCAGGCGACGAUAGUAAAGGCUGUCAGUGGUCAUCGUAGGAAACUGGAUGUAACUAAGGACUACACAGAGCGAAACUUUGUGACACCAGUCCGGGCAAUGAGUGACUAUCUGUUGAAACCAAGUGAUCUGGAGGGACUGCGCAUGGUUCAUCGGAGGAGUCCUUACGAAGAUGCACCACCAAUCACCGUGUACUUGCGCCGAGAUGUCGAAGCCAAGGCAUUGGAAGUCUGGGGUUCAUAUGACGCAUUACAAAAAGAGCAUGAGAGGAGGCGAAGGGAAGAGCAAAAGUACCGAGAGAGCAUGUCCAAUGUCAAGAGCAUUCUAAAAGAGUACCAACGUGCUGAAAGAGCCAGUCAAGAGGCUAAGAGGAGGGAACAAAUUCUUCAAGGUUCAGGACGUGUCGUGCACACGGCAGUGGUGAUAAAUGGCCUGAACUUUGCCUUUAAAGGAGCGGCAUGGCUCUAUACAGGAUCGCACAGCAUGUUUGCUGAAGCCAUCCACUCACUGUCGGACACCUGCAACCAGCUGUUGCUGGCUUUUGGAAUUCACAAGUCGAUCCAGCAAGCUAACCCAGAUCACCCUUAUGGCUACCACAACAUGCGUUAUGUCUCGUCACUUAUCAGUGGAGUGGGCGUGUUCUUCUUCGGUGCUGGUCUUGCAUGGUAUCAUGGCAUCAAGGGACUGAUGCACCCUGAAGAGCUUGAGUCGCUCUACUGGGCCUUCUUCAUUCUUGGUGGCUCACUCAUCUCAGAAGGAGGAACUUUCAUGGUGGCAUUCAAUGAGCUUAAAAAGGGUGCCCGUAGGGAGAAGAUGACCAUGUUGGAAUAUGUGAAGCGCAGCCGUGACCCAAGCGUCAACGUGGUGCUUUUGGAGGACAUGGCCGCUGUAUUGGGAGUGACCGUGGCUGCAGCCUGCAUGGGCCUGGCCACACACCUGGGGGAUCCCACCUAUGAUGCCAUUGGAUCGCUUAUCAUAGGCACCCUGCUGGGAUCGGUGGCCGCCUUCAUUGUCUACUCCAACUCGGUUGCGCUGGUCGGCCGCUCCAUUCCUUUUGAUGCCAUGCAACAGAUCAACAAAGAGCUCGAGAAUGACGUCAUGAUCAGGGCCAUUCAUGAUGUGAAGGCAACAGAUAUGGGCAACUAUGUUGUUCGUUACAAAGCUGAAAUCGACAUUGAUGGUCGCGAACUCACCAAGUCCUACCUAGACACUCAGGACAUGGAACUUCUCCUAGAGGAAGUUAUCAACAUAGAAACCAUUGAGCAAUUGGAUGCUUUCAUGCUGAAGCAUGGAGAGAACAUUGUGGACCUCUUAGGGGCACAGGUGGACAGAAUUGAAAGCAAUUUGAAGAAGCGGCACCCAGAAGUUCGUCAUGUGGAUUUGGAAGUGCUGUGAAUAGGACGGCUAAAGUACUGGGUUGAAUGCCCUGUGCUGUGCAAUGUAUUUGUACAUAGUUUCUACUUAAGUGUAGUUUACAAAUGGCUGAACAUUAAAAAUCAAGUGCAUAAGUGAUAAAUUAUGUCUUUGUGCUAUCCUCCUGCAAUUUCAAGAUAGGACAUGCUCAUUAGGCAUGUAGAGAGAGAGAGAAAGGAGAUGGGAAAGGCAGAAAGGUUAACGGGAAGACAAGCUUCUGGUUUGCUACCCUGCACUGGGAGAAGGGUAAGGGGGGAAAUAAAUACAGAAGGAAUGGCAGAGGAAGAAAGAAAUGCACAAAAGAAAGCAGACGUUUAGAUGUGUAUUUAGUGAAGGACCUAGCUGUGUACUUCUUGGACGAGAUUGUCUGUUUUUCCUUGCAAACGUAUGGACAUUUGCCUACAGAUGGGAAUAAUAACUUGCCACAGUG